AUGCCUAUUGUGUCAAUUCCAGAGAAGGUUCUUUUUGAAAAGCUCGGUCGUAGCUAUACUGAGCAAGAAUUUGACGACCUCUGCUUCGCCUAUGGCCUGGAACUUGACGAGAUAACCUCAGAACAAGAAUUGGCAGCCAGAGAGCACGGAAUUGCCGUCGACUCAGAUAGGAGUUCCGAAACUAUCUAUAAGGUCGAGGUGCCUGCCAAUCGAUACGAUCUCCUUUGCGCAGAGGGACUCGCCCGGGCUCUGCUCAUUUUUCAAAACAAGUUAGUCACCCCAGAGUACGAAGCUAUCGCACCGAAGAAUCCGAUAAGGUUGAUGGCCACGGAGAGCGUGAAGCUGGUUCGUCCCUACGUUGUCUGCGCCGUGCUAAGAGACAUCAAAUUCGAUGAGAGGCGUUACGCGAGUUUCAUUGAUCUGCAAGAUAAACUACACCAGAAUAUCGGUCGGAAGCGUAGUCUCGUUGCCAUAGGAACGCAUGAUUUGGACACUCUGGCACCGCCCUUCAUUUACACUGCAUUGCCACCCGGAGACAUCCGUUUUAGACCGUUAAACCAGACCAAGGAGUACACAGCUGUUGAACUAAUGCAGCUCUAUUCGAAUGAAUCUCAUUUGAAAGCGUAUCUGGAUAUCAUUCGCGACAAGCCGGUCUAUUCUCUGAUUAAGGAUUCAAAAGGCACAGUGCUCUCCAUGCCUCCUAUCAUCAACGGUGAGCAUUCCAAAAUCACCUUAGCAACCAAGAAUGUCUUUAUUGAGUGUACCGCAACUGAUCUCAACAAGGCUAGCAUUGUCGUGGAUACCAUCGUUACUAUGUUCUCAGAGUACUGUGCUCGUCCGUUCACGGCGGAACAAGUGGAGGUCACCCAGUGGGAUGGCAGUUGCGCCUACUACCCCCGCCUACAGCGGCGCACAGCGUUGGUGGGCAUGAAGUACAUAAAUACCCUGGUGGGAAUUGACUGUAGUGAAACUGAAGUCACCCAAUUGCUCACUCGCAUGAGCCUCACCAGCUGCGUGGCUAACAAGGAUGUUCACAUAUCAACGGAUAAAGCAUGCAACAGAAGUAGCGUGCUAUCAGUGCGAAUUCCACCGACUCGGCAAGACAUUCUGCACCCUUGCGACAUCGCGGAGGACGUGGCCAUUGCCUAUGGAUAUGAUCGCGUGGAGGAGAACCUACCCACCACCUUCACCAUGGUCAUUGAACAGCCGCUCAACCGUCUUACCGACAUGAUUCGCGCCGAGGUGGCUCUCUGCGGCUUUACUGAAGCCCUUACCUUCUCUCUUUGUUCACGCGCGGAUAUUAGCACGAACCUGCAGAAAAGGCUGGAGGAUCAACCGGCUGUUCACAUUAGCAACCCAAAGACCCUCGAUUUUCAGGCAAGCUUGCUUUCCACACUCUCCAACAAUCGAAGUCUUCCCCUGCCGUUGAAGCUCUUCGAAGUCCAGGAUGUGGUGUUGAAAGACCCCAGCAAAGACGUUGGAUGCCGCAACAACAGACGUGUAUGCGCCGUCUAUUCCAACAAGACUUCGGGAUUCGAGGUCGUCCACGGCCUUCUCGAUCGCUUGAUGCACGUCCUUGAAGUGGCUUACGAGGAGAACGCAAAAACUGACGGUCUGGCCUAUCGUAUGAAGGAGGUUGAUGAUCCCACGUACUUUCGGGGUCGUUGCGCGGACAUCAUCCUCUUGCCUUCAGGGCAGUCGAUCGGUCGACUCGGCGUCGUGCAUCCGAACGUGCUGCGCAACUUCGAUCUCUCCCUCUGCGUCUCCGCGUUUGAGAUCGACAUUGAGCCCUUCCUGUGA